UAGCCAUGGCCCUUUCAGAAUCGCUAUCUCCUUACCAAAAUGAGCUCAUCGAGCACGCCAUGUCGGUCGACGCCCUCAAAUUCGGACAAUUCACUCUAAAAUCCGGCAGAAUAUCUCCUUACUUCUUCAACGCCGGUCUGCUCUGCACCGGGCCCAUCCUCGCCUCCCUCUCAAAAGCUUACGCCAAAACCAUCGCCGACGCACUAGCAGCCUCCAAAAUCCCCUCCUUCGACGUCCUCUUCGGGCCCGCCUACAAAGGCAUCCCCUUCGCAUCCACCACCGCUCUCGUCCUCCACACCGAGCACAACAUCCCCGUCGGCUUCGCCUACGACAGGAAGGAAGCCAAAGACCACGGCGAGGGCGGCAAGAUGGUCGGCGUCGACGUCAAAGGCAAAAAGGUGCUGGUUUUGGACGACGUUAUGACCUCUGGCAAAGCCAUCCGCGGGUCGAUCGAGACGAUUAGAGCGCAUGGCGGGGAGGUGGUUGGUGUGAUCCAGGCGCUUAAUCGGGAGGAGGUGGGGCAGGAUGGUGUGAGUAGUACGGUGAAGGAGAUUGAGGGCUUGAUUGGCGAGGGACGGGUGUUGUCGAUUUUGCGGAUGAGGGAUUUGAUGGUUUGGCUUGAAGCUCAUGGGGAGACUGCCAACUUGGAUAAGAUGAAAGAGUAUUGGGAUCAGUAUGGGUUGAAAUAGGUGCCAUUUUUGCCUAUUAUCUGUGUAAUAUAGAAUUGGAAUUGACCUUUCCAUCCUUUUGGCCGCUCGGUGCCCCG